CACUUUUUGCUGUAAAACGCUUUAUAGCUUAUAUACAGUCGUGGUUUAAUAUUUGUUAUAUCAUCCACCGACCAUACAGGAGUUGUAGGGAAGCACUUUUGUCACUUGCUUUUUACUCGCAUACAGCCGCCAGCCAGACCUAAAACGACAUCUCCAUCCGAACUGAACAAAUAUUUCUUUCAAAAAACCGAAAAUCUUUCAAAAAUUUCGUAGUAAACCUGCUUCACUAAUUUGUACCAGUGGUGGUAGUGGUCGUGGUGGUGAAAGAGAUGCUGAAAUCGUGUUAUUGAGCUUGUCAUAUUAAAAAAGUGUCAUGUUUACAAACAAAACGACUCCCAUAACAAGCCCGUUGAACUCGUGCGUUUGUUAUUAUCGUCGCUACACGAAAUUGUGCUUGAUUGAACAUUAAAGCAAAAUGGAUCGAUAAGCGUCUCUCUCAAGGGCAAAGUCGAUAUUAAUAACGCGAAACUAACUGCACUCGGCAAAAGAGGGGAAUUAAAUAUGUAUGUGUUGUUUGUUGGCCUAUAUAAUCAUCAUGUCUCUGUCCAGGACUAUCGUGAAAAUAAAUAAAACAUAAAAUAAAAUAAACGGAUCCAUCCAUUGUAUUUCCAUCAUAAAAAAUAAUAAAAUAACCACGUCAAUCGUUGCAACUUUACUGGAGAAAUUUGUGAUAUUAUUACACCAUGCAUUUUCGUAAUUUAUAAAGUAUAAUUGAGCAGUAUUAAGUAAUAUAAUGUAGAUACGUCAGCAUUUUUGGAAUUUGGAGUGAAAAGCAGGGUAUUUAUUAUGGUAUUAGGUAUGUCGACAGAUUUUGUUGCGUCUGGUAGAAUAAUGAGCAAUUUGACCGGUUCAUAAAGUGAUAUUUAAUUACAUGCAUCUCUUGGAUGUUGUCCUAGUGUAUUAUCACAAGUUUACCAUGCAAACUAACGCGUGGGAUGAUGAUAAGCCAAAAUGAGAAUCCAUCAUGGUCAUGGCACGCACACUGAUUAGUUGAAGAGUUGUUAUCGUCAUAGCAAUCAUAUCGUCAUCACUUUCAUCGUUAAGUGGGAGGGGAAAUUCAAUUUUAAAAAAAUAGAAAACCCUUAAUAAUGAGGCAAAAAUAUUUUCGUGAUUUUGGGAAUGAAAGCAAAAGUUGGAAAAUAGUUGGUCAGCAUAUACGUUAUUCUUCUGAGUAAAUUUAGAAAUUGUAAUUUUUCUGGAUAAGACGUGCCAAGGAGUAUUUAUGAUGAAUUAUUAGUACCACUUGACCUCGUGGGGACUUCAAUAGAGAUAAAAUCCCCAUAAAGUAAAAAAGGACCCCUCAUAAAAUGAAACUGGCCGAACCCCCCAUGACGAUCUGCUUAUUGGUUCUCUUCAUCGUCAUUAAUUCAGUGCAAUCUCUGCUCCCUCAAGCACACCAGGAAGGAGUACUUCAACCUUUCAAAAGUUAUGCAGACGUGACCCUGUUCCACUACUAUGUUCCCCCCGAAGCCAACGUUGCCACAUUUGAGUUUGCAGCCUUCAUGGACAAUGCCAAGUGUUCGGUGCGGGAGGCAUUUAUAUAUAUUCAACAUGGGAGUUACCCCGUGAUGUCACCGGACAAUGCCACCUUCCCCAAAGACUUUUGGGUCAAUCGCACCUGUCUGCAAAGGGUGGUGGUGAGAUCGUCCUACAAAACGCAUGACGCGUCCGUCCUUCCGGUCUACAAUCCGCUUCCGGGAAACUGGUUUGCGGCAGCAUAUUUAAACACGUGGGAUCAGAAGGUGCAACAAGAGGGUUUAGGUCAUAAAUGUCGUUACAGUCUUGGAUCCGUCGGUCUUUGGUCUUCCGUUCCAGACGUCAAUACAUUACCUCUCAAGUCCACAAUGACUCGAACCAGCAGCAGACAUUUCACAUAUUUCAAAUUUUAUAUCCCCAACGGUGUGAACUUGUUCACUCUGAAGAUUGACGGUUGUAGAUUUCUCACCAAUCAUCGUUUUAGAGAUUCCAAAGCCGUAUUUGCCAAUGGGACGUAUAAUGCCAAACAAGCCGCAGAAUUGCCCUGCAUCCACCAAAUUUUCAUGCGAGAUAGAGGCCUCCCAUUUUACCGAGCUAAUGAAACGGAUUCUAUUGUAACGGGGAAUGCAAACUCGUCCUAUUCCCGUGUCGAGGAAUUGCCUUGGACGGACGCCUACUACUACUUGCUUAUCGUUACGGAGAGCAGGGUCGAGUACAAUAUCACCAUUUCGGUCGAAGAGUGUUCUGUGAUUACGCUGAGCAAGAGUUUGCUUCAGCAAUUUUCUGGACUAAUUAAUGCAACGAUGUCCAUCCAGGAUCAAAUUAUGCAAGUGAACAUGUCUACUGCAGCGUCCAAUUUCACCAAGUCUGCAACUCACCAUGUCAGUCAAGAAGUUGGUGGUGGCGAAGGAGGAGGUGGAACUUUGCCCUUUGUAGAUGAUCAGUGUCCAUGUGUUCCAACAUUUCGUCUCACAAGAAUCCGACAUGCUCAGGACUUCUCUGAUACAUUCCUUCUCGAGGGAAAAGACUGGUUUACGACUUGGCUCGCAUUAACGGAUUCCAACCCGGCUGCCCCAGUCGUGGGGACGUCUUUCGAACUCUUGCCUUUCAUCGAUAUUGGUGGCACUCUUAGCAUCAGUGUCCAUUUGGAUGAGCUUAUCAUGAAUGCCACAAUACAAACAGUGCAUGUGGACAUUUGUGUUCAACAAGGACGAAGACCACGCACGUAUUGUUGCAACUAUACAAAGGAAACGACAGCUUCUUGCUGCGAGAGUGGGCUGCAUUUACAAGUCUCGUCUAAAAAUCUGUCCUCUGUGAAUGAUGCCAUGUCAAUACCGUUUCCUGAAGCGGAUAUAUAUCAUUUAUCGUUUAAAAUGCAUUGUGAACAUGAGGGGUCAAUUGUCAUGUGUGCUCUUCCGGAAGCAUUGAUCUCACUCGAUAUUCGAACCCAGCCUUGUGUUCACCGUUCUCGUACGCCACAUGGGACACCAGUCUCGGCGUGUGGUUCGUACGGAUUCUGCCAAGAAGUGCACAAAAACCAAUACUUUUACACAGCUUGUCGGUGUGUUGCUGGACGGAAAGGCUGGGCUUGUAACGACGACUCGGAAGCUAUCCCCAAAUCCGUCCUCCUCAUGACGACCCUUCUCCUUACUCUGAGCAACAUCUUCUUCGCCCCUGCCAUCGUCCUUGCCCUCUCUCGCAGAAUGUUCGUCCAAGCUCUCGUCUACUUUUGCACCAUGGUCUCAUCCACUUUGUAUCAUGCCUGUGAUCAGGAAAUGUAUGGGUACUGCCUCACCAGAUAUUCGGUUCUCCAGUUUUGCGACUUUUUCUGUUCCAUUUUGGCAUUUUGGGUAACAAUAAUUGCCAUUGCCCACAGUCCUUCGGAGUACGACUCUGUCCUUUACGUUUUUGGCUCGGUGCUAAUUGCCAUCGGGGUGGAGUACAACCGAAUCGGUCUUCUCGUCUUUGCCCUGCCAUUUGCUAUCGGUUUCGUCUACGUGGUCUCCGUCUGGAGUUACCGGAGCUUUCAAAGAGGGGCGAUAAUUCUGCCCAAGGUAGGACGACUGCUCAUUUUCAUCCCAGGCGUCCUCCUGGGGGCGAGUGGUCUCAUCCUCUUUGCUUUUGUGGAAACGGAGGAGAAUUACAGGUACACUCACAGCGCGUGGCACGCGAUAAUUGCAAUAUCUUUGUUGUACCUCCUCCCAAAAAAGAGAUGCAUAAAGUUGCAGCUGAACAAUACGAUCUCAUCGGCGGAAAUGGCCCACGUAAAUUCUGACUAUCAACCAGCAUCGUCUGCUAGUCCCGUCUUCUUCGUCACGUCCGAACUGGACCAUUUAGUCCAAGACCGGCCACAAUGAAAUGUGAUAAGCAACUAAUUUCUAUAUAUAUUUUAGUAGUCAGUUAAAAGCAUGUAUUUCGUUACAAAACUGCAUUUCUUAUACUCAUUCAUCACAUAUAUGUACGAAAAGACUCAUACUUGCCGAUAUUUUGAAGAGUUAUUAUUUAUAUAAAUUACGCAUUUUAUCCUUGAAGUGAUUGAAUUUCUCUAAAUGAAACUACUAAAUAAAUAACCCUGUCGACCUAAAUAUAUAAUUUUAUUUUAAUGAAUAUUCUCAAUCUUUGUAACCCUUUCAGAUAGGAGAUUUUAUUAUUUAUAUGAAAUAUUGAACAAAUGACAUGAUUUGUCUAAUCUUUCGUGUGUUAUCGUUCACUCCGUCAAUAUAUACGUAUAAUGCAAUGCCAUACACAGACACAGCCCUAGAUAAGUGACACGAUGCAGUGCAAUACUACGCUCUAUAGUAGUAAUUACGUAGUAUUAGUAGUAGUACAAGAAAUAACAAUAAUAAUAAUGCAAACCUUAUCAUGUAAAUAGGUUCUGGAUGUUAUCUGUAUAAAUAAACAAGCUUUAUUGCUAUUAUUGGGUCAA